UUUUAAAUUUUUGUCGUCAAAACAUCAUCUAUCAUAAGGAAUAGGUUUGUGUUUUUACAAUCCAAAGUAAAAUUCUCUAUAAGGAUUUAAACCAUAAAUUAUUGGCCUUGCCCACGCUUUGCAUAGAUAUAGUCGUGUUGUUCAUGCAUGAUCGUUUUGCUGUUUAUAUAAGGGCACUUGUUUUUACUUUUGCAUGCUAUAGCUAUAGCAGAGAAAUGUCCUUGCUGACAGUGGUUGCCUUCUUGUUGAGUGUCAGUGAAGUUACUAGUCAAUGUCCACCUUCCUCAGGUAUUUACCUGAUGCAUAAUGGAGAUUGCUAUCCUAAUGGAUCAUAUUUUUAUGAUGAUGACAUUAGACCAGAACAACUUAAAUGUACAUUACCUGGUUUUACUCUAAAUGGUGGAGAGUGGGUUACUCCUAAUGGCUCAUCCAUAUAUUGCAGUACUGAUCCUCUUCGUUGUGAUGUUGUAUCUGCACCUAAUGCAACAAUCAGUCUUUACAUACCUACUGGCCAAGAUAUAUCCCCAUCUGAUGAUGGAUGGUAUAAGUGUUGUCUACCUACUAGUUGUUCAGAUACAAGCACUAACAUCAUUUUUGCUAAUAUAUUUAGAUGGGGACAAAUUGAAGAUACUAGAGUUGACCUUCCUUCAGAUGUUACAGUUCUACCUCAAACAUAUACACUACAUGCCAUUAAAAUUGGCCAUCAAAACCAACUCAAUACAAAUUAUGCUGAUUGGUACUACUAUAAUGAGUCUAGUGGUACUAGUACUAAACUCUGCAGAGGAUAUAAUGAUGAGUACAGUUGUAGUAUUGGCAAUGGAAUGAAAGUAAAUUACGGCAAUGGGAGAUAUGAUUAUACUCUUACUCUUACUUGGAAUGAAGAGAAUAUUACUAGUGGGGUAUCAAGUAACUACUAUAAUCGUGUAUAUAUGUUUCAUUUAGAAGUUGGUCUUGCUACAAGAUAUCGUUACAUUACAGUCAAAGUUCCGGCCACUGCUCCCUCUUCUCUUACUUCACACUGA